AUGGAGUCCUCAAAGAUCUAUGCUUACCUCUUCCUUUGCAUGCUCUUCAUCUCCUCUGCCACCCCCAUUCUAGGUUGUGGCUACUGUGGGAAACCACCCCCCAAGAAGCAAAAGCAUAAACCAAAGACACCCGUUGUUAAGCCACCAGUCACCUUGCCUCCUAUCUCUGUCCCUCCCAUCGUUAAGCCACCAGUGACUCUGCCUCCCAUCACUGUCCCUCCCAUUGUGAAGCCUCCAGUUACUGUGCCUCCCAUCACUGUCCCUCCAAUUCUGAAGCCACCCAUUUCACUCCCACCAAUAGUGAAUCCCCCCGGUAUUAUCCCUCCCGUGCUUAACCCACCAACCACUCCAGGGAAGGGAGGGAACACUCCAUGCCCACCUCCCAAGUCUCCUGCACAGGCCACAUGCCCCAUUGACACUCUCAAACUUGGUGCCUGUGUGGAUCUGCUUGGUGGGUUGAUUCACAUUGGUGUGGGAGACCCAGUUGCCAACCAGUGCUGUCCAGUGCUUCAAGGGCUCGUUGAGGUUGAAGCUGCAGUGUGUCUUUGCACCACUCUUAAGCUCAAGCUUCUCAACCUCAACAUUUAUGUCCCUCUUGCCCUUCAGCUCCUUGUGGCUUGUGGCAAGUCCCCUCCUCCGGGUUACACCUGCUCCCUCUAA